AUGACCAGAACGGCGUGUACAACGAGGUACAAAACGUCGCAUUCAACGAAGUACGACGAGGAAAACGCGUACAACGAGGUACGAAAACGACGCAUACAACGACGUACGAGGACGACGCGCACGGUAAGGUGCGAGAGAGAAGAUAAGACGAAAGACGAGAUAAAGACGAAAGACGAAACGAGGAAGAAAGACGAAAGACGAGAAGAUAAAGAAGAAAGACGAAACGAAAGACGAAAGACGAGACGGAGAAGAAAGACGAAAGACGAAAAGACAGAGAAAGACGGAAGACGAAAAGGGAAAGACAGAGAAGGACGAAAGACGAGAGAAACGAAGAGACGAAGAAAGAAGAAGGAAGAUAGACGACGAAGGACGAAAGAAGUAAAGACGUUAGAGGAAUAUUCGCGAAGGCACAGAGUAUAUAAUAGCAAGGCUGUCGAACGUGGACGUCGGCCAUAUUGCUUAUGUUGUACAUUGCUCGUGUCGUUCGUGUUGCUUUGA